AUGCCACCAAAGGGUUGGAAAAAGGAUGCACAAGGUAAUUACCCAGUUCAAUCGUUCAUUAAAGAACAAGAAAAAUUGACAAUAGAUGAUUUAUUGUUCCCUAAAAGUUCUAUACUGAAUUUAAUUAAGGAGGUGCAAAUGGAGAACAAUCCAAACAGAAAAUUAGUAGUCACUAAAGCUGCAUCAUUAGCAUUACAAAGAAGUGCUACUGUGUUUGUAAAUCAUUUGCUGGUAUUUGCCAGAGAGAUUGCGAAAGACCAGAAUAGAAAGAGUUGCAAUGUGGACGAUAUUCUAAUGGCAUUAGACCAAAUUGGUCAUCCUGGUUUAAAAAACAUUGUAAGUUCUAAAAUGGACGAAUACCAAAGGAUUAUGAGUGAAAGAAAACAGCUCAAAUUAAAGCAAAAACAAGAAAAUGAACAAAAUAGUAAUAAUAGUGAAAACAAUAGUAGUAAUAGUAAUGAAAAUAUACAUGAAUCGCAAGAUAUAAAUCAUGGAAACAAUAAUGCAGAGGUAGAGGAAGAUAGAGAUGGUGUAGAUAAUGAAAAUGAAUUGAAUAAGAGGCAAAAGAAAGAUACAAUAAAUGGUACUGAGAUCAGGAUAUCAAACACCUGA